UAGACGAUCUUCGCUGUAAAUACGACUGUCACUGCUUCUCCUCCGCUCUCCGCUCCUCGUCUGUCGCCUGGAAGACGUCACCAUGGCUCCUGGACAGAAUAACCGUGUGUUUGUCGUUGGUGUGGGGAUGACGAAGUUUGAAAAACCAGGAACCAGAGAGGACUUUGACUACCCCGAAAUGGCCAAAGAAGCAGGUCAAAAGGCUCUUGCUGAUGCUGGAAUUCCGUAUUCGGCAGUCGAGCAGGCCUGUGUUGGGUAUGUCUACGGAGACUCCACAUGUGGGCAGAGAGCCAUUUAUCACAGUCUCGGGCUGACUGGGAUCCCCAUCUUCAACGUGAACAACAAUUGCUCCACUGGCUCCACUGCUCUCUUCAUGGCCCGCCAGCUAAUCCAAGGAGGUCUUGCCGAUUGUGUUUUGGCGCUGGGGUUCGAGAAGAUGGAGAGAGGAUCUUUGACUUCAAAAUAUAUGGACAGGACCAGUCCAAUGGAUAAGCACAUGGAGGUCAUGAUCAAUCGCUGUGGGAUGGUGGCGGCUCCUGCGACUGCACAGAUGUUUGGCAACGCCGGCAAGGAGCACAUGGAGAAAUAUGGGACUAAGCCUGAACAUUUUGCUAAAAUUGCCUGGAAAAACCACAAGCAUUCCACCAACAAUCCGUAUUCUCAGUUCCAGGAUGAGUACAGUUUGGAGCAAGUAAACAAAUCCAAAAGGGUCUUUGAGUUCCUUACACUUCUGCAGUGUUGUCCGACUUCAGAUGGAGCUGGAGCAGCAGUUUUGGUGAGCGAGAGCUUUGUCCGGCGCCAUGGUUUGGAAAAUCAGGCCGUCGAGAUUCUGGCACAAGAGAUGGUGACAGACAUGCCUUCCUCAUUUGAGGAAAACAGCUGCAUUAAGAUGAUUGGAUUCGACAUGACUCGCGUGGCUGCCCAAAAGUGUUAUCAGACUGCAGGUUUAAAGGCCAGCGACGUGGACGUGAUCGAGCUCCACGACUGCUUCUCGGCCAAUGAGCUUAUCUCUUAUGAGGCUCUAGGGUUGUGCCCAGAGGGAAAAGCUGGAGAACUGAUUGACAGAGGAGACAACACCUAUGGUGGCAAGUUUGUUAUCAAUCCCAGUGGUGGACUCAUCUCUAAGGGACACCCGCUCGGUGCUACAGGUCUGGCGCAGUGUGCGGAGUUGUGCUGGCAACUUCGUGGCCAGGCUGGUAGGAGGCAAGUCCCUGGAGCUAAAGUGGCUUUGCAGCACAACAUUGGCUUGGGAGGCGCUGUGGUUGUCACGCUUUACAAGAUGGGAUUCACAACCAACGCCAGUCCACGCAUCAGUGCCGUUUCCACCAGUGCAGGCAGUGGUCUGGAGGGCUUUAAAGCGUAUUCUGUCUUCAAAGAGAUCGAGAAACGUCUGGAGGAGGAGGGCGAGCAGCUUGUGAAGAAGAUCGGUGGAGUGUUUGCUUUUAAGGUGAAAGACGGACCUGGAGGGAAGGAGGCCACCUGGGUUGUGGACGUCAAAAGUGGCAAAGGUUCUCUGAGUAAUGACCCAGGUAAAAAAAGCAGACUGCACGUUAACCAUGAGUGAUGAGGAUCUUCUGGAUCUGAUGACGGGAAAACUGAACGCACAAAUGGCGUUCUUCAAAGGGAAGCUGAAGAUAGCUGGGAACAUGGGCAUGGCCAUGAAGCUGCAGAACCUCCAGUUGACACCAGGGAAGGCCAAGCUGUGAGUCCAUGGAAGUGCCACUUGUAGUUCUGAUUCAAAUCACUGGACCUCUGAAGCCUGGUGACACGGAUUUGUAGAAGCGUUUCUCAAGAAGCCAGCGUGCCUUUAGUUCCCACGCCAGUCCUUUUUAAAUGAGCUAUUUCUGGUACCUUCAGAUGAAUGUGAGCGAUGAAUCUGUGAUAACAACCAGUCCUUAAGUUUGUUUUAUUUUAACGUCCUAAACGGCUUGAUUUGAACACUGCUAUUCCCAAAAUAUGAAUGUCUCUUUAAUAUUAUUGUUAUGAUUUCACAACUAAAUAAAGUAACAUAAUAUU